UGACAGCCCGCCAUCCCCGCCGCCGCCGUCAUGUCGCCACUCGCCUGCUCGCUGGUCGCUCUCGCCGCCCUGUUCGCCGUAUCCGACGCGAGAGGGCCUAGGACUGUAGACCCUUUUUGCUCCAGUUCAUAUUUAGGCGACGCAUGGGGAGCACCUCAUGCAUUUAAGCUGACUGUUUCUGGUGGUGAUGUCGAAAUCCCUGAUAGAUGCAAGGAAGGUCGCAUAUUAGUGGGCCAGGACAUUAGCGUAUGCAACUCGCCCAAUUCGAAUCCCGAGGUUCAUCCGUUUCACUUCGGUCAGUACCCGUUCAAGAAAGUGUACAUCGAUUGCCCCCAUAGCACCCGCGGCUGCUCGAGCCUCGAAGUGAAAGUGACACAGUAUUGCUAUUUCAAAAUAGGUCAUAAAGGUUAAAAAAUAAUUUUAUUUUUACCUAUAUACAAUGAAAGGUUUAUUUGAAAUUCUAACAAAAAAUGUAAUUUGGUUAUAUGGUCCGCUUUUGGCGUAAAAUAUUUUUUUAUAGUCUGGUAAUAAUUUAUUGGGUUCAAUAUUUUUAGACGUGUGGCAAUAAACAAUGAUUUUUA